UCAACGGCCAACUCGACCAUCACGAUGUAUCAACAUCCUGCUGCAGCACUCUCAGAAGAUUUUCAUGACAGUAUGGAAGUUGAGCAAGCUCUACGUGGCGAUCACCAGCCCAGCAUGCCUCAUGAUUCUUAUUCGCAACCGCAAUACCAGCCAGGUCAAUAUCUCGAAACCAUACAUACCGGGGAAACUCUUCAGCUAGAACAACCAUCGCCACCAAGGAAAAAUUUUGACCCACGGUUAGCGUGGCCACAGAACCCCUCGCAUGAGUCGUUAUCUUAUUCGGACACUUGCGCACAGUCCUAUCCCUCUUACGACUCUCAUGACUCUCAUGCCUCCCGUCACUACGAGGGAACUGUUGAUCCAUUUAAUUAUGACGCAGAGGCCUAUACUUCUGGGGCCAAUUUGCACUCAUAUCCCCGUUCAAGAUCUCCGACACCCGCCGUCGACGACGAAGAUUACUACAUUAUCGAAAAUAACAGUUUUCACUAUACUGGGGCUCAACGCGUUUAUUCAAACUCAGAGAAGGAGGUCCUCAGUGGAUCGGAUAUACAUUACAACUACUAUGACCCACCUCCAUCGCAUUCGUUUGAGGAAAUGGACGUUUCUCAAUCACCCCAGCCAUCUGGUCAAGUAGAAACGCGUCAUUUCGGUUCCGCCCCCGCUGGAAGGGUUGCACGGAGACACAAUAGGAAGAAGGCAGUGAGGCUCAAAGAUGGGAAGAUCUUCUCGGAAGCCUUGCCUAUUCCAGAUAGGCUGGUGUUGCCACGGAAAGGAGAACUAGAGAUGAUGGAAACACAGUACACGGCAGUAACAUGUGACCCUGAUCACUUUGAGGCGGAAGGGUUUGUUUUGAGGCAGACUUACUUGGGUAGGAGAACAGAGUUGCUGAUUGUCAUCACGAUGUACAACGAAGACGAAAUUCUCUUUUGCCGUACACUAUACGGUGUCAUGAAAAAUAUACAACAUCUCUGCACACGUAAAAAUUCGCAGACCUGGGGUGCAGACGCGUGGAAAAAGGUUGUAGUGUGUAUUGUCGCGGACGGUCGAUUCAAAGUUCAUCCAAGGGUUCUUGACUGCCUUGCACUUCUUGGAGUGUAUCAACUUGGGCCUAUGAAGAACACCGUUUUAGAAAGGGAAGUCGUGGCACAUCUAUUCGAAUACACCACUUCAUUCGGCCUCGAUCCCAACUUACAUUUCAAAUACCCCGACAAGGGAAUCGUGCCUACACAAGUUAUCUUCUGCAUAAAAGAGAAGAAUCAGAAGAAGAUCAAUAGUCAUCGGUGGGCGUUCAAUGCUUUUGCGAGACAACUUCAGCCCAAUGUCUGUAUACUUCUCGACGUUGGCACACGACCAGGCCCGAAGAGCAUCUACAGAUUGUGGAAAGUUUUCGAUACACACUCAAACGUGGCUGGCGCGUGCGGCGAGAUAUCCACUUAUAAAGGCAAAAACUGGUCGCUUCUCCUCAAUCCCUUAGUCGCCGCUCAGAACUUUGAAUACAAGAUAAGUAGCAUACUGGACAAACCAACCGAGAGUUUAUUUGGUUAUAUUAGUGUCUUGCCUGGAGCGUUCUCAGCGUACAGGUACAUCGCCCUUCAAAACGACGAGAAAGGCAUUGGUCCACUCGCUUCUUACUUCAAGGGUGAAGUUUUACAUGGACGUGAUACGGAUAUAUUCACCUCCAACAUGUAUCUCGCGGAGGAUCGUAUCUUGUGUUUUGAACUUGUAGCUAAAGCCAACGCGGAUUGGGUUCUCAAAUAUGUCAAGGGAGCAGUGGGGGAAACUGAUGUUCCGGACGCUCUACCAGAAUUCAUCGGUCAGAGAAGAAGAUGGUUGAACGGGUCAUUCUUCGCCGCAACCUACGCCAUAGCACACGCUGGUAAAAUUCUUCGUUCAGGGCACAGCGUCACCCGCAAAUUCAUGCUCAUGGUCGAAACGGUCUAUAACACGAUAAAUUUAUGUUUCGCUUGGUUUGGCAUUGGAAAUUUCUAUUUGUUCUUUGUUGUAUUAACAUCAUCUCUGGAAUCUCCGUCCUUCAAAUUACAGGGAAUAGAAUAUCUCAACACAAUUCUACAGUAUGCCUUGGUUUUAAUGAUCGCAGCUUGUUUCCUGUUCUGUAUGGGAAAUAAGCCUCGAGCCUCGAUUUGGAAAUACAAAUUCACCGUCAUCUUUUUUAGUAUCUUGAUGAUGUACAUGGCAUUCGCUUCUGUGAUGUGCGCUAUAGUGGCUACGGAACAAGGAGGAGCAGCCAACUCUGCGAUGUUGUACAGUGUUAUCAUAACAUACGGAAUGUAUGCAACUGCCAGUAUCCUUGCCCUCGAUCCAUGGCAUAUGAUUACGAGCUUUGUGAGCUACAUCCUGUUGUCUCCAACUUAUAUCAACGUGCUGAACAUCUAUGCCUUUUCCAACCUCGACGAUAUUUCGUGGGGAACUAAACAAGACUCCGUUGUUGAACAUGAUCUGGGAGCAGUUGUUCAAAAUGUUGGGUCCCGCGUUGUCAAUGCUGAGUUUCCGGAAACGAUGCCAGACGCAAAUACACUAUAUGAAAAUGCGAUAACGAACCUGCGGAAGCGAAACGCCCCUUCUCCGAAGAAAGGAAAGGGUCAAAUGCCCGUCGAAAAGGCUCGACUGACCAGUAAUGCAGAGAAAGAACAAGCAGCGAAGGACUAUUACGCUAAUGUGCGAACCAAUGUUUUACUUGCAUGGGUGAUCUCAAACGUUCUUCUUAUUGUAGUCAUCCUCAAGGGUGCAGAGCCUUCGGGGACUUUCGACCAAGCAGAAUCUUUCAAUCGUACUAAGGGAUACCUCAUAUUUAUUCUCGUUUUCACCACGCUGAGUAACUUGACUCGGUUUUGUGGAUCUACACUAUACCUGUUUGUCAGACUGAUAGCGGGCUAGAGUAGGACGUUCCUUCAUUCAUGCUUUCAGAUGGAUACUAUCUAUCGCACGAUCCAUGCUACUACUUUAUUUGUCAAUAUGUGGUUCCCCUCGCCCAUAAUACGUUUUCGCCCGGGGGACCUCUCGACCCAAACAUUUCUCCCA